AUGAGUAAAUCAUCGUCACAUGUAACAGCUUUUAAAGAGGACUACGUUAAGCCUACUAAUUUAUUGGAUUUUCCAUUAAAUUCUCUAUCUCGUAAGUAUCCAGAUAUACUGAUUUACACACAUGGUUCUUGUAAUGGUUUGAUUUUGAUGAGAACCCGUAUUAAGGGAGAGAAUAUUAAUCUUUGCCUAUGGAACCCAAGUACAAAACAAUUUAAGAUAAUAGAACUUGAUUCAGAAGAACUCAAGUAUGGACCAGCGGACAAUCAAGAUUUUACAAAGAAAAAUAAACCUGUAGUCACGUACGGUCUUAGUUAUAAUUGCGAUACCAAUGAUUAUAAGAUUGUUAAAGCUAUUGUUGUCGAUGGUUAUGAAUAUUAUCAUAUGAGUGCAAAAGAUCGAUGGUUUUGCUAUGGUACUGAAGUUCAAGUUUAUACACUAGGAUCGGAUUCAUGGAAACUAUUACCCAACAUCGUUCCUUAUGAGAUAGUUCCUUAUAGUACUCAUGCAUUUGUUAAUGGAGCCCUUCAUUGGUUAGCAACUCCAUGCCCUUAUUCGACUAUUCGGCAAUCUAUGUUAAUUGUUUCUUUUGAUAUCGGAGGAGAGAAUUUCAGAGAAAUUCUACUUGGGCCACUCACUUAUAAACUAAAAUGUUCAUCGAGUUCAGUAUUUGUGCACCAAAAACCUGCUGAAGUUUCCCAGGUCUAUCGCAUCUCAGGACGCCAAUACGGUAUAGAAACUUAUGUGGAGAGUCUUGCGUCAAUUUCUGGCGGUACUUAUGCAGGGGAGCCAACUGAUCUACAAAAACAAGCAGUCUCAUUUUACUUAGUAGUUUUGCUGCGCGCAUCAGUUUCUCAGUAUGUUUUCACCUUGUUACACCUAGAUUAUGGUUUUGACGCAGGCCAGCUAUGUUUGAACAAUUAUUCGUCUUGUUUAGAUGUUUUCUAUUGA